AUGCCGAUCAAAGACUACGGCGUGUGGAAAGCCACGCCUGUGAGCUAUACAUACGAAACCAAGGAACAAGACUCGGUGUCCCCUCAUCUCUCUCUUAUCUUCAGCGAUGACGAGCCUGGCAACGCUCGAGCAGCCAUCAAUAUCAAAUCCGGCGACCACUCUGAUUCUCGGUUAGUGUAUUGGGCGGCUCCAAACUUCAAGCAUCCAAUCACUCAGCAGCUGUCUUCUCUGCAGCCAGGAUUCGCUCCUCUCGAUGAUGCUGGCGCGGGUAGCAUAGCCCUCGACUUUAUCCGAGGCAACUUGUUCCAGCGACAAAGUGGCAGAAUCCUGCCACACGACAUUCCUGGAGCGAACAACGACAUCCUUGAUGUUCUCAAGCCCAUUCUUGAUCGUAGCAUUAAGGAUGAUGCCACUAUUUAUCUCUAUGGCUCCCACUUCAACGACGGUAAAGGCAUCCACAAUGUUCACAUGAACCAAGGCAGUCCUCGACGUUGGUCUCGCGAUAAUGGUGUCUACCAUGACGGCGCCCUGCUAAUCCAAUUCAAUGACCACUGGGAGGGAAUCUUCAUUGCAUUCGCCUCCCAGGCUGUUCAUACCAACGAUGGACCGAGUCGCCCCGGCCAGCCUAUACCACCAACAGGUUACCUGACGUGGGCCAACUUCCUGGAUUCAGAAACGCCCGAGGAUGACCGAAAUACCCAUGAAAUCGUCGACAGACCCGUCGUCAUCACUGAAGCCCUCGUGAACCCGAUAGGCCCUGAUAACCAGCCAGGAGGCGCUCCAGAGACUGUCACCCUGACGAAUCGCUCUGCCUCGGUGAUAGAUCUCUCGCAUUGGACUGUGCGAAACAAAUCGAAUGAGUCUCAGACUCUCCCUGAUGGAGCUCAACUAGGUGCUGGGGAGUCGAAGACCUUCGAGGUUCCGGGGGCACCGCUCUCGAACAAAGGUGGAAUUAUCACCUUGUUGAAUGCGCAAGGUCUGAAGGUCCAUGGUGUAAGUUAUACGAAGGAUCAGGCUCGAAAGGAGGGUGUUGCUAUUUCUUUUGCGUAA